CUCAGCGCCUGUCACCCAAUCUUUGGCUCAAUACAGCACAGAGGACCAGAGAACAAGUCGGAAGUACUUGGCGUAUGUUUAUAAGAAGAUUAUAUGAGAGGGACUUAGGAGAAAGACAAAUGACACACUGAGCUGCUUGUGCUUCCAAUCAUGGUGACCGACGAAGAACACGCUCUCUCUAGUUAUGCUCAGGUUUUCUUUUCUCACACAUUCUUGCUGUUUGUUGCUGCCACAGUCUUUAUUGCUUGGUACAUCAGAGACUCUUUGAAGGUUGACGACUUCGAUCAAAAGCAUGUGCUUGUCACUGGUUGCGAUAGCGGGUUUGGAAACCUUGUGGCCAAGCAGCUUGAUCGACAGGGGUUUCAUGUAAUAGCAGCAUGUCUUACGGAAAGUGGUUCAUCUGACUUGAAAACUGCAGCCUCCAACCGGCUGAAGACAGUUCUGCUCAAUGUUACUGACAGCGUGAGCAUUGAAAGGGCGGUGGAGAUGGUGCGGCGCGAAACUGGGGAGCGAGGUCUUUAUGGUCUGAUAAAUAAUGCUGGGAGAUCCAUCCCUAUUGGACCCACAGAAUGGAUGCAGCUAGAGGACUUCCGGAAGGUUCUGGAUGUGAACCUAAUGGGCGUAAUCGAGGUGACCCUCAAGUUCCUGCCUCUGUUGAAAAAGGCUAAGGGCAGGGUGGUUAAUGUGGCCAGCAUCCUAGGCAGGCUGUCUCUGGUUGGUGGAGGAUACUGUCUGUCCAAGUAUGGAGUGGAGGCUUUCUCAGACAGCCUCAGGAGGGACAUGAAGCAUUUCGGUAUCAAGGUUAGCAUCAUCGAGCCAGGAUUUUUCAAGACUGCCGUGACUCGUCUUGAUCUGAUUGACGCCGACUUGCAAAGGCUGUGGGACCGCCUUCCCUCUGAUGUCAGAGACUCAUACGGGCCAAAAUACCUGGAGAAGUACUCAAAAUCUCAGAGUUUCUCCAUGAACAUCUUGUGCAGUGCUGACAUCUCCAAAGUGACUAGCUGCAUGCAACACGCCCUGAUGGCCAAGCACCCGCGGACCCGCUACGCUGCAGGAUGGGAUGCCAAGCUCUUCUGGAUACCCCUCUCCUACCUCCCUGCGUUUGUGGCGGAUUUUGUCAUCGACAUUCUUCUACCUGUUCCCGGGCAGCGUUGAUGGGUAGUGAAGUGUAAAAUGAAUGGGGUACAUGUAGUAGGUGGAAGUGAUGUCAUAUUUAGAAAAACAAAUAAGGUAAAAAAUACCUCUGAAGUCAAAGUGAUUUUCACUUUAUCAGCAUUUAGGAAUGACAAUUUGACAAAUUGAUAAUUAGACAUCUUUUUUUUCCAAUGUUCCGAAACCAUAUUUCAAAAAUACAGUAUGUGCAAAAAAAAGAGCUAAUUGUUAUAUACCAUAAGUGUAAGUGUGGGGAAAUGAAUUAU